AUGCCAGCUCACAGGGAGCGAGGAGCAGCAGGCUCUUUGGCAAUCGGAGAUUUGGCCAAGGGGGAGGUGGCCAGGGGAGGAUGGGGGCGUGGGCAGGGGAGGGGCCGGCAUUCCCGCUAUAAACGGGAGCCGAGCGGCGGCGGCUCCCGCUUUCAGCCUCGCACGGUGCCCGGGCCCGGCCGUGGGGAGUCGACGGUGCCCGCUGUGCCCGGCACCCGGAGGGCAGGGAGCCGAAGGACGAGCCGCCGGCUUGGCACAGACGGACGGGCAUCGAUCGGCUCGGUGCCCCUCGCCCUUCUGGUGCCCAGGAUCGGGGCUGCCCCUUCCCCCUCCUGCUCCUUGGAUUAUCCACCCCCCGUGCCCGGGAUCAUGAGACUUCCCUCGUUUGCUGCUCACUGCCUUCUGGCCGCAGUGUGCUGGGGGCUGGUGGCCGUCGAGGGCGAGGACCUCCCGGCGUCGGGGGCACUGCCCACCGCCCCCACCGACCGGACCGGACAGCACGGACAGCCGGAGGACGGCUCGGCCCUUCCCAGAGUUGCUUUCUCUUCCAAGCCACAAGCUCUGGUCACUCCGGGCAAGGCGGAAAAUGGCAAGAGGAGGAAGAAAAACCAAGGGCUGGGAAGGAAAAGAGACCCCUGCCUGCGCAGAUACAAGGACUUCUGCAUCCACGGCGAGUGCAAAUACGUCAAAGAGCUGAAAGCCCCCUCUUGCGUUUGCCAACAAGGAUACCACGGGGAGAGGUGCCACGGGCUGAUCCUGCCAGUGGAAAAUCGUUUGUACGGCUACGAUCACACCACGGCCCUGGCGGUGGUGGCCGUGGUGCUGUCUUCGGUCUGCCUCCUUAUCAUUGCCGGGCUGCUCAUGUUUCGGUAUCAUAGAAGAGGAGUUUAUGAUGUUGAAAAUGAAGAGAAAACGAAGCUGGGGAUUCCUUCUGCCCACUGAUGGAAAUCUGGAAUGCCUAAGGACUGGCUGGGCCUCGCUACCUCUGGGAAGUCCAGGGUUGACUUAUUGCACAUUAUGCAUCUCGGGCGUAUUUCAAAACGGCCCACGGAGACGCCUUGAUUCCGGGCUGACGACAAGACCGGGCCCCCAAAAGUUUCCACCUCAGAGCUUGAACGGGACAAACCAUUUGGCCGAAUAGACUCUGGAAGGGAAAGAGAACACUAUCGUCUUUGUUUCCUGUAAAAGUUCCUUUAGACAUUCACUCUCUGGUUUUUAAAAUACCAGUUAAUUCCACGUGCUCAAAGGACUCUGACUGAAGAAGGAAAGAUAGGCUGGCUUCGGAUUUUUUUUUUAUACACACACACACACACACACACACACACACACGUAUGU